AUGAUUAGAAUAUUAAAUAAAAGAAUAGAGUAUAGAGUAAAUUAGGGAACUGCAAGAAUAUUAAGAAUUAUUCUCAAUAUCAUAGCAAUAAUAGAAGACAACUACAAUAAUUUAGUAAAAAAGGAUAAAAAAGAGAAUAAAGAUAAUAGUAAACCGAAACAUGAAAGAAGAUAUAUAGAUAUUUCGAGUCUAAAAAACAAAGAAGUAAUAAAAAAAGAAUAGUACUUAAGUAAUAUAUUAAAUUAUUUUUAAAACUCCAAUAAAAUAGAAGUCUCUUAAGUGGAUUGGAUAGAUUAAUCAUCUCCUCUUGUUCCAUGUCAAAAAUUCUAAUUAUUUUAAAGAAAAAAAGAAAAUUCAAUUUAUUCUGAUAGAGUGGUUUCUUAAUUUUCAAAAUGA